GGUUGCGGCCGGCUUGACGCUGGCUGAGCAUGGCAGCUCUCCGUCCCGGUGAAAGUAAAGCGUUCGGUGUCCUUGUGCUCCGUCAGAGAGCGGAGCAGCUUCGGUGGGUGUCGGAGCAUCAGCGGAGCAGAGAGUCCGGAGCUGACCGUCACCACCAUCCUCCUCCUCGGGCGUCAGGAAGCGCCUCCCCCCCUCCUACCGCCGCCUCCUGUGGGUGAUCCCCGGCAUGUGGAGCUGCUUUCUCCUUGAAUGACCUACACGCCACCUCUGCCGGGAGCGCUCGGUUCAUCCCCUGUGGUCGGGAGGUUAUAUUUACGCACACGCAGCGGGCAACAGUUCACAGCGAGUCUCCUGCAGGCAUCGGGCCGACUCCGGAGCAGCUGACCCGGGCUACGAAGUCGGUUUUUUCCCACCGUGGCAUCGUCUGGAGCUGCGGAGCGGACGGAGGAGCGCAAGUUGCGGAGCUGACAGUGAAUGUUCGGACCCGACCAUUAGCUACCACAAACCCUGCGGAGCUUCGUGGCGUUCACAUGAUGUACACAAUCACCAGAGGUCCCAGCAAACUAGUUACACAACGGAGGACAGGUCCAACACAACAGGUCGAGAGCAAAUUCACCGACUUGAAACUCAAGCCGACGUCUUGGCUCACGUCAAACUCUCCGCCCCCGAAGAUUGUGUUCAACCGUCCCAAUGGGAAGCGCUACCACAGUGCAGCCACACCGAAGGCCGAGACCUCCGCCGAGGGAUUCACUCCUGCACACGAGGAGAACGUCAGAUUUGUGUAUGAAGUGUGGCAGGAGGUGGAGCAGAAGCUGGAGGACAGAGACGGUGGAGAAUCAGCCAACAGCCAAGGGCCCGUUCAGUACACUGAGAAGACCCCCAGUACUGCGAUGAAAAACUUUGUGCCCAUAGACCUGGAGGAGUGGUGGGCUCAGCGCUUCCUUGCCAACAUCGCCAACCUGUCAUGACUGGUUGAGGCUUUGAGCCGGGACACGAAGCGCCGCGUUGAUGCUCCAUCGGUGAAUCAGGGUGGAAAAUAGGCGAGUCCGUCUCCAGGAUCCGCAGUGUUGUGCGUAAUUUGGAAUCUGAUUUGACGCCCUGUGCUUCACGCUGCUGUAGAGAAAUCUGGGUGCACAACACGAAGCCGCCAGCCUCCCCCAUGCAACAACAGCGACCUGACUGUGAACUCUGGACAGCAUUGGUUUUUUGCUGAGCGACUUGAAAGGACCCGUCUCUCUACUUGAAUGACGCAUCAGAUAGAAGCUGUGAGAUUUUUCUUGUUCAAGAAUCUGCCUCCUUUCUCAAGUGUGCUCAGCUCUCUGUGUACGUCUUGGCUGAUCUUUGGAUAAAAAGCUACUGAAGAGCAAAAAAAGUAAAAUGUUUUUCAAAAAAGCUUCCUGUGUGAUGGGAUUUCUUUGCAAUUAAUUAGACCAUAUUUUGUUGGGUUGGUUGUAUAAUGCAACAAUUCGAUGAUUCCCUUUUGCAUCAUUAGAUAUGAAAUGAGAUGACAAAGGCUCUAUAAAACCUAUUUCAGACAUGAAAGUGUUUCGUCUGUAAUAAUUUAACUCAAAGCGACUAUUUGUGACCACGGGCCACAGAAACAUUUAUUUUGUUUUAUUUUCACAGUGGGUUUUAUAAUAUGCAAUAUCUGCAAACACUUAAAACCUUAAAAUAACCUUAAAUCUGCUCUCACUAUGGAUGCCGGCUGUUAAGAAACAACUUUAAGUCUUCAUAAUCCUAAAUUUCCACAUGGUGUAUUCAGCCUGGAGAUUAUUUGCAAGCAAAUGUUUCAAGUUCUGAAAUAAAACUUGCCACCUUGAA